AUCUUAUGGACGCCAUUAUUAUAACUCGUUUUCAACAUGGUGGUAAGUUUAUUCAGGACAAAACUGGAAUUACUUAUAAAGGGGAAGCCGAGGUGGAAUAUGUUAAUAUCGACAAGGACCACUUCUCAAUAAUCGAGUUACUUUUUUACAUUAAACAAUUGGGGUAUAUUACUGUUGGUGGGUUCUUUGUUAAAGACCCCACAAAAAAUGGCUUUAGUGAGGUGGACACUGAUUUCACUUUAGUAAAUCUCAUCAAAGACCUAAAAGAUGGUGACUUUUUAGACCUUUAUGUAAAGCAUGUGGUGGAUGAUGUAGAAGUGGUCACAACGAGUUUGCUUUGUGGGUCUGUCGUUGAAGAAGACUUAGAAGAUAUAAAUGUGACUGCAAGUGAAGGGUUGAAUCAUGAGGCUGAAUCUGAAAAUGUUAAUUUCAAAGUUGAGCCAGGAGAUAUAUCAGAUCUAGAUGUGGAAUGGACUGAAUCAAAUGAAAAAAGUAGCGAUGACUCUCAAGAGGAUGCUAUUCCUGAUGUGGAUGACUCUGAGGUUGAUGAAGAAUUAAGAUCUGUUAGAAAUGAAAGGAGAAACAAAGUGAAAAAGAAAAAACCUACUCAAACUGAGGAAAUAAAGCUUGGAACAGCUGGUGUUGAUAGAGGCUUUGAAGACAUAGGAAGGAAUAAGGCUGCUAUAUACACUGGAAGACUAGGGGGUGAUGAGAAAUAUAUAGAUAGCUCAGAAUUGGACAGUGAAGACAGUAGGAAUGAAUUGAAUUCAGAAUUUGUGAAGGGUGUUGAUUUACCAAGAAGAAGAAAAAGUAAAAAGGGCCUUGUACCAGUUUUAUGUGAGUUGCUACCAGAUAGAGGCACUGGGAGAGGUACUGGCACUGGCAGAGAAAUUUGAAGAGGCACUGGUAGAGACAUUGGAGGUGUAUCAAGUCAGCAACCUGAUCAACCAAGGGCUGUGGAAGCUUCAAUAUUAACAGGAAGACAAAAGAGGACCAAGACUAUAGGAUUUGGCAUCUAUACAAAUGCAAGUGGUAGUCAAACCUUUAAUCCUAGUACUUCAGGAGAAAAAGCUAUCAAUCCGAGAGUUUAUAAGGAUGCAUCUCCAACAAAUAUUGAUAUUGGUUAUAAGCCUCGAGGACUCAAGUGGAAUGGUGGAGAUGCUGUCACUGGUUCACAGUUGCAAUGAAUCACUCAGUCAAGGAAAAAGAAGCGUGGAACAUCUACUGCACCAAAGAAUGCCUAAUUUAUGUAGAAAAGUCACUUUUUGGUUAUGUAAUUAGCAACAAAAAUUUGUAUUGACUGCUUUGAAACUUGGAGCUCACUAGAGCUAAUUAAUGGCAUGAAUGAUCAAUUUUUACUG